UGGGCACAGGUGGGUGGCACUGGUGGGCACAGGUGGGUGGCACUGGUGGGUGGGCACAGGUGGGUGGCACUGCUGGGCACAUGUAGGUGGCACUUCUGGGCACAGGUGGGGGCACUGCUGGGCACAGGUGGGGGCACUGCUGGGCACAGGUGGGGGCACUGCUGGGAACGGGUGGGCGGGGCUUGCGGGUGUCACUGCUGGGCACCGAUCAUCAGGGCACUGAUCAUCAGUGGCCCUGAUGAUCGGUGCCGAUCCCCGCUCUGACAACUGCCGGUUCUCGGCAGUACUUUCCUCACGAUCUGACAGCGUGAGGAAAGUGCAGCCGAGAACCGGCACUUGCAU